AUGGUAUCAUCCAUCAACAACAUAUUCGAAAUCCCGCGUGUAAUUAUCAAUCUUGCAGACUCAAAGCUGCACGUCCCUCUCAUGCUCCUAACAGCCAAAGUCAUGGAGAAGAUCCACAACGACCCCUCGUGCAUCAUCAUGAAGAAGGGACUCGUCACCGACAACCCCAAGAAGUCGGUAAUGGACACCUCUGGAUUCCCACCAGAAUCUUCACCAUCACCCAUACAGUUUUACGAGGCCUACGAAAACUUCAUGGAGCUACUUAACCGUAUUGCGGGAGGUGCUAUCCAAGAAAAAUUCAGGAAGCAUCGCCUAUUCUGCUUGUCACGCAAACACUUUGAAGAAAACUUUUCAGCAGUCCUUGCCUUCAAUAUUGAGACUCGCAGAAUCUUCUUCAAUACAAAGUCCUUGCUCACUGAUGCCGCUUAUGAAUGUUGCUGGAAUGAGACACUAACGAAGAUUUCCAGGGACAAGUCAGACGAAGCUGCGGCCAACGCGAACAGGGAACUCCAGAGGCUGAUGGCGCUCAUGUCUCACUUUGAAGGGUCCAACAGCAAUAAUCGCUACCACCCGUACCAGAACUCAGCCAAACUGAAGGCGGACGCUACCGCCCAACUGAACACUGAUGGGAAGUCCUUUCGGAAGGGCAAAGAGAUCUUGUCCAACGGACCCCUUUACCUUCUCUGCGGUCGGAACGGCCACAAGGCCAGCAAUUGUACCUUCACCCACACCAUCAAGAACUCCCCCCUUGUCUGUGUCUGGCAGGGUAAGAUCAUGCUCAAGUCCUCUUCAGUGAUCGUCUGCAUCUCCCACAACAUCGGAAGAUGCACACCGGGCAAGCAUGGAAUGGACAUUAUCCAUGUCUGCUCCAUCUGCGGCAGCAAAUCACAUGCUGCUUCAGCAAAAUCAUGCUAA